AUGGGAAAAGUUCACGGCUCUCUCGCUCGUGCCGGCAAAGUCAAGUCACAGACACCCAAGGUCGACAAGCAGGAGAAGAAGAAGACUCCCAAAGGUCGUGCCAAGAAGCGGAUACUCUACAACCGCAGGCACGUAGACUAUGUUGCUGAACAAUCACUUGUAUCUUGA